AUGUUGGCUCCCCUCCUAGUCGCGUAUCUUGCGGCAUCUUCGGUGCCAUUAGCUACUGCAAAGACCUUUUGGUGGAGUUACCAAGGGGAGAACAGCACCGAGUCUUACGACCCCGUUUUCGAGAUCUGCGCGGAUCAGAACGCAACCUCAUGUGCAGCUUGCAACUCUUCUCCAGAUGCAGACAAUGUAGGAGCCAAGCUGUGCGAGUCAUCGGAUAAGCUGAGCAACAUUUGCUACGAGCCAAAACGCGAAGAGACGUGCUGCAAGGACAAGUAUGGGAAAGUCCAGGGCGAAGAUGUCGAGGAUUGCGGCAAAACUUUCAAUCAGACGUUGUCCGAAGAGUUGAACGAUGACCAAGCGACCGCCACCGCAACGAGCGCUUUCCGGCCAUCGAUGACUGCCACUGACCAAACGAGAGUCGCCCGACCUGAUCGUACAAGUCCCCCGAACGUGGUCCCUGGGUCAACCAAAACAUAUAACAAAGACCCAGAAGUGGAGAAACAAAUGUCUGCUGCUGUCAAGAUUGGAAUCGCAAUUGGAGUGUUCGCAGCAGUUGGAAUAUUGGUCACUCUGGCGGUGUUGGCCCUGCUUCACUGGCGUAAGAAGACCAAAUAUAAUGCGAUCGGACACGGACAGGCUAUCGAUACAAAGCACCCGGAAGCAUAUGGAGGGCAUGCUGUUCCGCGUCCGAUCUCUGGAGCUUCAGGAGCGUUUGAGCCAAUGAGGAAUGAACCUCACGAUCAUCGAAGUUCGUGGAUGGCAUCUCCUCCACAACACUUUGGACCUACGACACCAAAUCCAUUCUCAGACGGUGCAGCAUACUCAGACCACGCAUCUCACCCUCAACACCCUGUUGAACUGCAACACAUGCCGCCACCGGGCCAUCAUUAA